UGUUCCCUUCUUUUCUCUCGAUCUUCUUCCUGUUACUUAACUCUUCCUUUAACCGCCAGAGCUUGGUGUUGUCUUUUCCCCCUUCCUUCCUUUGGAGCCUCAGCUUUUGCAGAAACAGACUAGAGGUCUGUGAUCCGGUCUUUUCUCUCCCUACCUUCCUUCAUUCACCUAUUUCAGAAACACCACGUUAAAAAAUAAACUGGUGAUCCAUUCGAUACGGCUUUAUUGGACAUUGCUUGUCCAUUCCUUCCUUCGACACACAUAUACGACAGAAAAGUCACUUGACUUUUCCUCGAAACCUUCGGCUUGACUUUUUGUGGCUGGCCACACAUCGACACUUUCAAAGCAUAUUAUCCAUCAUGCGUUCCACCACUGUCCUCGCCGGUCUGGCGACUGUCCUUGCCCCGUUGGCUUCUGCCCACACUGUCCUCACAACUGUUUUUGUCAACGAUAAGGACCAAGGAGAUGGUACCGGCGUCCGUAUGCCCUUCAAUGGCAGCAUCGCCAACUUCCCCAUUAUUGACAUGAACAGCAAUGACAUGAUCUGUGGCAGAGACGGCCUCAAAAAGGUCAGCUACACCAUCCCCGCCACCGCCGGCUCCAAGAUGACCUUCGAAUUCCGCACCUACGCCGACGGCAGCAAGCCCGGCUUCAUCGACGAGUCGCACCAGGGUCCCAUAUCCGUCUACGCCAAGUCCGUCUCGGACUUUGACCAAAAGCCCGGCGGCUCCGGCUGGUUCAAGAUCUGGCACGACGGGUACGACGAGUCCACCAAGAAGUGGGCGGUGCAGAAGGUCAUCGACACCAACGGUCUCCUCAGCAUCAGCUUGCCCUCGGGCAUGCCCACGGGCGCCUACCUGCUUCGCACCGAGGUGAUCGCCAUGCAAAACGUCACCACCAAGGCCGACGGCAACUGGUACUGCGAGCCGCAAUUCUACGUCAACUGCGCCCAGGUCUAUCUCCAGGGUUCCUCCUCCGGCAAACUCUCCAUCCCCUCCGACAAGGAAGUCGCCAUCCCCGGCCACGUCCACCCCUCCGACAAGGGUCUCAACUUCAACAUGUACGACAUGAAGGGUCUUCUUCCCUACGUGAUUCCCGGCCCCAAGCCCUUCAUCCCCACCUCUUCCUCUUCCGGCACCAACGCAAAGGCAGCCCUCACCACACCCACCAAGUUCCCCGGCGCCGUCCCCGACAACUGCAUCCUCAAGAACGCCAACUGGUGCGGCUUCGAAGUCCCUUCCUACACGACCGAAGACGGGUGCUGGGCUUCCGCGGACAACUGCUGGGCCCAGAACAAGGCGUGCUUCGAUUCUGCUCCGCCCUCCGGCAUCAAGGGAUGCCAGGUCUGGCAGAAUGAGAAGUGCCAGCCGCUUGCGGAUUCUUGCAAUGCGAAGCAGUUCACCGGUCCGCCGAACAAGGGCAAGGUGUGGGGGGAUGUGACUGUUAAGGACACGAGCGUCCAGGUACCCGGGGUGAUGAAGGGGGCGGAUUUGGUGGACAGCCCUGUCGACACCAGCAAGGACACCAACAACAACGUCGUCAAACCAGCUGACAACAACAACAACAACAACAACAACAACAACAACAACAACAACAACAACAACAACAACAAUGUCAACAUCCCCCCUCCCUCUACCACCGUCUUUAACACCGCUACCAUUGCUCCCGUUGCUGCUGCUCCCACUGAGACUGUUUCUCAUACUAUCAGGUGCGGCAGGGGUGACAAGAAGCAGAAGAGGAGGAUGCAUAUUAACAGACAUAAGCGGGCGGAUUUCUAAGCAGUUAGCCAUUUCUGGUGGCUGGGAUGGAUACUUUGAUGAUAUUGUCGAUAUGGUGGCUUGGCGGCAAGCAAAAAUCUUCGCUUCUUUACUGUCCUUUAUGACAUGACAUAUUCUUUCUUCGCUUCUUCUAUCUUCUGCAUUGUGGGUGGGGGACACCUCCUUUUACUUCUUUGGUCGUGUUUGCUGAAUGACAUUGAGAAACAGAUGUGGUUGGGGUACUUGACUCCCAACUAUCUCUAGCAUUGCAUGUUCAAUUUUUUCUGGAUACUGGAUAGAUGGAACAAAAACGUCUGGGUAGAAGGAAAUGUUAAAAACGGCAUGAAUGAUUCAAUGCUGCCCAUUUGGGCAUCUUAUU